GGUGUGGCCGCCGCCCCGUUAAGCGCAGCCCCCGCCGGGCCCCGUUACCUCUCCAAGCUCCGCCCGUCCGCCGGCGCAGCGCGGGCCGCGGUCAGCGGCGGGAGGCAGCGGCAUGUCCUGAGGGGAGCGGGCGGCGGUGGUGGUGGUCGGCGCGGAGCCGGGCCGGGCCCCACCACGGAGGGGUCGGUGGAGCAACGGGCCAAAGGCCGGGCCCCCAUGAAGGAGAAGGAGGCGGGGGUGGAGCGGGGCAAGCCCGCCACUUACACCGGGGACAAGAAGGCGCGCAUGGCGGCCAAGACCAACAAGAAGUGGGUGCGCCUGGCCACCGUGCUGGCCUACGUCCUCUCCGUCUCGCUGGCCGCCAUCGUCCUCGCCGUCUACUACAGCCUCAUCUGGCAACCGGUGCGCGGAGGCGGCGGCGGCUCCGGUUCCGGCUCCAUCCCCGUCGCCGCCAGCUCCUCGCAGCCCCGCGCCGCUCCGCCGGGCCCUGCAGCCAGCCAGCCGCCCGCCGGACCCACGCAGGAACCUCCGCCGCCGCGGACCGGCCCCGACCCCGGCCUGGAUCACAGCGGCCGCCCGGACGCUUCGUCUCCGCCGCCCGGGCCCGAGGCGGCCGCCGCUGCGCUGCGCCGGGUGCGCGGCAGCCCCUGA